AGUCGGCGCGGGAGCGGCUGGCGCGCGCGUGUGUGCGUUGGCGCCGCCGCGAGGCGGGGACGCGCGGGGUCCGCGGCCGUGCGGCUUCUAGGGCGGCGGCCGCGGCAGCAGCGGCAGCGCCCCGGGCGGAGAGGGCCGAGUCGGCCGAGCAAGCAGGGCAUGGGGAGGACCGGGCCCCGCACAUCUUCAGGGCGCGCGAGCGGCUCCGGGGGCGCACAGUGACGGCGGCGGCGCCCCUGGCCGGCCAGCACCGAGGCCGCUUCUCCAGAGAGCCCGCGGCCGGCGGCGAGCCGGGCCAUGCGGAGCGCCCAGGGCCGGGCCAGGCCUCGCUGACCCCGACUCCGCGCGACGGCCUUCCCCGUUUCCGCUCCCGCCUCUCGGCAUGAGAGUCCUCCCGGGCCCGGGGCCGCGGCUGCCCCAGACCCGCCGCCCGCGGGCGCGCUGCGGGCCCGCGGGCCCGUGGUGCUGAUCCCAGCCCGCCGCACUGCGCUGCCCGCCCGCCUGCUGCAUGCCCCGGGGGUGCGGCCAUGGAGGUGGUGGGCGACUUCGAGUACAGCAAGAGGGACCUCGUGGGACACGGGGCCUUCGCCGUGGUUUUCCGGGGGCGGCACCGCCAGAAAACUGAUUGGGAGGUAGCUAUUAAAAGUAUUAAUAAAAAGAACUUGUCAAAAUCACAAAUACUGCUUGGAAAGGAAAUUAAAAUCUUAAAGGAACUUCAGCAUGAAAAUAUUGUAGCACUCUAUGAUGUUCAGGAAUUACCCAACUCUGUCUUUUUGGUGAUGGAGUAUUGCAAUGGUGGAGACCUGGCAGAUUAUUUGCAAGCUAAAGGAACUCUCAGUGAAGAUACUAUCAGAGUGUUUUUGCAUCAGAUAGCAGCUGCCAUGCGAAUCCUGCACAGCAAAGGAAUAAUCCACAGGGAUCUCAAACCACAGAACAUCUUGCUGUCUUACGCCAAUCGCAGAAAGUCAAGUGUCAGUGGCAUUCGCAUCAAAAUAGCGGAUUUUGGUUUUGCUCGUUACCUACAUAGUAACAUGAUGGCUGCAACACUGUGUGGAUCCCCAAUGUAUAUGGCUCCUGAGGUUAUUAUGUCACAACAUUAUGAUGCCAAGGCAGACUUGUGGAGCAUAGGAACAGUGAUAUAUCAAUGCCUAGUUGGAAAACCACCUUUUCAGGCCAAUAGUCCUCAAGACUUAAGGAUGUUUUAUGAAAAAAACAGGAGCUUAAUGCCUAGUAUUCCCAGAGAAACAUCACCUUAUUUGGCUAAUCUCCUUUUGGGUUUGCUUCAGAGAAACCAAAAAGAUAGAAUGGACUUUGAGACAUUUUUUAGCCAUCCUUUUCUUGAGCAAGUUCCAGUAAAAAAAUCUUGCCCAGUUCCAGUGCCUGUGUAUGCCGGCUCUGUCUCUGGAAGCUCCUGUGGCAGCUCUCCAUCCUGUCGUUUUGCUUCUCCACCAUCCCUUCCAGAUAUGCAGCAUAUUCAGGAAGAAAACUUAUCUUCCCCACCAUUGGGUCCUCCCAACUAUCUACAAGUGUCCAAAGAUUCUGCCAGUACUAGUAGCAAGAACUCUUCUUGUGACACGGAUGACUUUGUUUUGGUUCCACACAACAUCUCGUCAGACCACUCAUAUGAUGUGCCAAUGGGAACUGCUGGCAGACGUGCUUCAAAUGAGUUCUUGGUGUGUGGAGGGCAAUGUCAUCCUGCUGUGUCACCUCACAGUGAAACGGCACCAAUUCCAGUUCCUACUCAAAUAAGGAAUUAUCAGCGCAUAGAGCAGAAUCUUACAUCUACUGCCAGCUCAGGCACAAAUCUACAUGGUUCUCCAAGAUCUGCAGUGGUGCGAAGGUCCAACACCAGCCCCAUGGGCUUCCUCCGGCUGGGAUCCUGCUCCCCGGCGCCAGCAGACACAGUACAGACAGCUGGACGAAGACUCUCCACUGGGUCUUCCAGGCCUUAUUCACCUUCCCCUUUGGUUGGUACUAUUCCUGAGCAGUUUAGUCAGUGCUGCUGUGGGCAUCCUCAGGGCCAUGAAUCUAGGAGUAGAAACUCCUCAGGUUCUCCAGUGCCGCAGGCUCAGUCCCCACAGUCUGUCUUACUGGGUGCUAGGCUACAGAGCGCCCCCACCCUCACUGACAUCUAUCAGAACAAGCAGAAGCUCAGAAAACAGCACUCUGACCCCGUGUGCCCAUCCCAUGCCGGGCCUGGGUACAGCUACUCACCUCAGCCUAGUCGGCCUGGCAGCCUUGGAACCUCUCCCACCAAACACAUGGGAUCCUCUCCACGCAGUUCUGACUGGUUCUUUAGAACUCCUUUACCAACAAUCAUCGGCUCUCCUACUAAGGCCACAGCUCCUUUCAAAAUCCCUAAAACACAAGCGUCUUCCAACCUGCUGGCCUUGGUUACUCGUCAUGGGCCUGCUGAAGGGCAAUCCAAAGAUGGGAAUGACCCCCGGGAGUGCUCCCAUUGCCUCUUAGUGCAAGGAGGUGAGAGGCUGCGGUCUGAGCAGCAGAACAAGGCGGUGUUUGGCAGGUCUGUCAGUACUGGGAAACUAUCAGAUCAGCCAGUAAAGACAGCUUUGUGUGGGCACCAGGGCAGCACGGACAGCUUAAAUACUGAACGGCCAAUGGAUACAGCUCCUGCAGGAGCCUGUGGUGUUGCGCUGGUACCUCCUGCAGGGACAGCAGCAAGCUCUAGGGCCGUCCUCUUCACUGUAGGGUCCCCUCCACACAGCGCCACGGCCCCCACUUGUACCCACAUGGUCCUUCGAACAAGAACAACCUCAGUGGGGUCCAGCAGCUCGGGAGGCUCUCUGUGCUCUGCGAGUGGCCGUGUGUGUGUGGGCUCCCCGCCUGGGCCGGGCUUGGGCUCUUCCCCACCAGGAGCAGAGGCAGCUCCCAGCCUGAGAUAUGUGCCUUAUGGUGCUUCACCCCCUAGCCUAGAAGGGCUCAUCACCUUUGAAGCCCCUGAACUGCCGGAGGAGACACUGAUGGAGCGAGAACACACAGACACCUUACGCCAUCUGAAUGUGAUGCUGAUGUUCACUGACUGUGUGCUGGACCUGACAGCUAUGAGGGGAGGAAACCCUGAGCUGUGCACAUCCGCCGUGUCCUUGUACCAGAUUCAAGAGAGUGUGGUUGUGGACCAGAUCAGUCAGCUGAGCAAGGACUGGGGGCGGGUGGAGCAGCUGGUAUUAUACAUGAAAGCAGCACAGCUACUUGCGGCUUCUCUGCAUCUUGCCAAGGCUCAGAUCAAGUCUGGUAAACUGAGCCCAUCCACAGCUGUGAAACAAGUUGUCAAAAAUCUGAAUGAACGCUAUAAAUUCUGCAUCACCAUGUGCAAGAAACUUACAGAAAAACUGAAUCGCUUCUUCUCUGACAAACAGAGAUUUAUUGAUGAAAUCAACAGUGUAACUGCAGAGAAGCUCAUCUAUAAUUGUGCUGUAGAAAUGGUUCAGUCUGCAGCCCUGGAUGAGAUGUUUCAACAGACUGAAGAUAUUGUUUAUCGCUAUCAUAAGGCAGCCCUUCUUUUGGAAGGCCUAACUAAGAUUCUGCAGGACCCUGCAGAUAUUGAAAAUGUACAUAAAUAUAAAUCUAGUAUUGAAAGAAGGCUGUCGGCACUCUGCUACAGCACUGCAACCGUGUGAGCAGCAGCAGGCUCGUCCCGCGGACCAGCGGUGGGAGCGGGAGGUGAUGCAUUUGGGAUUACAGCUUGGGUUCUGUCACCCACCCCAGGAAGCUAUAGUUUCUCAACUGGUGGCUACCAAAGAACAAGCAGUGAUUUCAAAACGGAAAAACAAUCCAAAAACUACAUAUUUGUCGGAAAUCUGCCUUAUCGGAGAAGUCACCCCCUCCCUUUUUCUUUGUAGAAGCAGAAGCAAGAGUGUUCUACUUGGCUGCCAGUUUGAACUUGGUAAAUAAACGUACCUUAGAACUGGAAUUAUCAGUACAGUUAUUCUUAAGGAUAAUUAAAAAUGCAACCAAGUGAGUGGCUCUUCUCAGUUCACCAGAGCAAUGUGUGAAAUUCCAUCUGUUUGCUGAGGUUGAAAAGUAAAAAAAUCCAUAUUUCAUCCAGGCAGUUUGAUAUUUGGGGUAAGUUUGUCUAAAUCUGAGCAUGCAUCCUUAAACACCUGAGGAAGAAAUAAGAAGAAGCAAAAGAUGGCUCUUGGAAGAAAUUUUGAAAUCUUCAGUUUGAUCUAAUAUGGAUACAUGUUAAUCUUCCAAAAAAUCUUCCUAUUGCACUAAUUUAUUAAAAUAACUGUAUAUUGGAUUUUGCAAUUUAAAACUAACUGAGGCACAAUGGACUUGUUUAAAAUAUUUUACUUGAUUAUAUGCAUACACCCUUUCCAGAAUUCACAUGUAAUCUCGAGUGGAUUUUAAAUGGUCAAAAAUUUGUAUUCAUGUGAACCUUUGCUUUUUUUUUUUUUUUUUUUUAACCUAUUCAUCUACACCUACAGAUUAUCUCAGUAAUAUUUUGAGUUGCUGGUUGUUUGCUUUUGGUUGCAUUUUUUAUUGUGCAUGCAGAAUGUGCAGUGAUGCCUGUGACCCUAGGUUUAUUUGGGCAGUAUUAGAAAAAGUAUCAUGAAUCAAGAGAUAACUCUUGGAAUUUUCAUAGGGCCAAAACAAAGUUGGUGAUCUAAAGGUUUGUUAGUAAUGUGGAGUUUCUACAGAAAGUUAGUGAAAAAUAAGGUUUGUUUUCUGUUAGGAAAAUGGGCAGAUCUCUCCAGCCUAAUGUGUAUUUUUCUUGUUAAUCCUGACAGUUCACCAAAUAGCUAGUCAUGGAGAAUGCAGGCAGUUAACUUAAUAUCCCUUCGGGAACAGUUCCUACCUUGUAUAUUAUUUGGUUUCUUUUACUUACCUGCUUGAAUACUUGAAUAAACCCUUCACCAGUUUUAAUCCUUUUAUUUUAAUCCUUUCGCAUAAAAUGAUCUGAACUCUAACAAAUUAUACAGAAGCUCUUUGGCAUUAAUCUGAUUUUAGUGUACUGAUAAACAAAAAGACAUGGUUUUCCUUUGACAAAGUAAUGUAAUUUUUACCUUAUUUAUCUGUAUGAAAUUCUAGCAGUUAAUUUGAACAUUUAUUUAUAUGACGUUUGUAUUUUUAGGUCUUUAAUACGGUGUUUCUACCUCUCAUUUGUAACUGCAUGCAUUAUUCUUGAAACUAGGUAAAACUCACUGAAUUGUUACGUAAUAGCCUUUUUAUUAUUCCUGUACAAAUGUAUAUUAAGGUAAAAUAAAACUGACAAAGUGUUUCUAGGGUACAGUUGGAUCCAUGUUAAGUGGCUUGUCAACCAGAUACUUCCUUAGUGAGUCUAGAGACUUGGUCAUUCAUGUCCUCUGUCCGGCCCCAGGAUUUAGAUGCUCAGUGACUGUCCAGAGACUUCCGUGGAUGCGAACUGUUCAGUGGUGAUUCUUGCCCCUCCUUGUUAUUAGUGAUGCUGUAUUUUGUAUAAUUUUUUUACUUUACAGCACAAUUUCAUUCAUGUUCUCUCAGUUAUCACCUAUGUUAUCUCAGUUGUAAGUUUAUUCUGUCUUCUCUCCUGCUCCUAUUUUUUUUUUAACAUAGGAUGACAGGUUCAGAGAGGGUAAGCGACUAGUCUGAAGUCAGGACCUAGGCAAGUGGACAGGCCAUGCUUUGUGAUUUCCAAGUUCAUUCUUCAUGCUCUUGUAUAAUAAAAGUCUGGGGGUAGAUGGUGUGUGUGAAACAAUGAGGUCUCAACAGCAGAGAAGAACAAACUGUAAAUUCGUGAGUAAUGGUUCUGGUUAUACUUCCAUUAUCAAGGCUGUUUUAAGAGAUUUUGCCUUGAUUAUAGCAAUAAUAAACAGAUGCUUUAUGUUUCCGUA